CACCCAGCAGCCAUCCCAUGUGUCAGGAGGACUAAGCAGGACCCAGAGCCCCAUCACGGUGCCUCCACCUCACUCACUGAUAUAUGAGAGACACAAUGACCAGAAGAUCCUAGAACUCACCAACAAGAUUAUUCAGCUGCUGACUGGAGAGGAGGGGGAAUAUAUAGAGGAACACGGGGGUCUGUACAAGGACGUGAUGAUGGAGAAUCACUGGCCCCUCACAUCACUGGAUGGACCCAGUAACAGAGAUACCCCAGAGAGAUGUCCCCGUCCUAUAUAUUCCCAGGAUUGUACAGAGGAGAAUCACAGGACCCCACAGGAGGAUCAGGGGGAACAGCUGACUGAUUUGAAGAUAAAUGAUAUAGACAGAGAAGAAGAGACGUAUGUGACUGAUAUGAAGGCAGAAGAUACAGAGGGAGAAGAAGAUACGUAUGUGACUGAUAUGAAGGCAGAAGAUACAGGAGGAGAAGAAGAGACGUAUGUGACUGAUAUGAAGGCAGAAGAUAUAGAGGGAGAAGAAGAGACGUGUGUGACUGAUAUGAAGGCAGAAGAUACAGAGGGAGAAGAAGAGACGUAUGUGACUGAUGUGAAGGCAGAAGAUAUAGAGGGAGAAGAAGAGACGUAUGUGACUGAUAUGAAGACAGCAGAUACAGAGGGAGAAGAAGAGACGUAUGUGAGGGGUGAUCAGCAGUGUAAGGAGGAGGAAAUCCCUACAGAUAUCAGCACAGCAGAUGGAGGCACAAGCAGGAAUGCCUUGGAGGGAGAUCUUAUCUUGUCUGCAGAUACUAAAACCGAAGAUAACAUCACACAGGAUUCUCCAGGAGACAACCCCGUUAUGCUAAAUAUAAAUCCAGUACCUCUCAGCGCAGAGAUAUCAUCUGAUCCCUCUAAUCGCGAGGGCUGUUCUCCUGAUACCUCAGAUUUUGUUACACAUAGUGCAGCUCAUACACCUGAUAAUAUAUUUCCCUGUUCUGGGUGUGGGAAAUGCUUUACACAGAAAUUACAUCUUGUUACACAUCAGAGAAGUCACACUGGUGAGAAACUAUUUACAUGUUCUGAGUGUGGAAAAUGUUUUACACAGAAAUCACAUCUUGUUACACAUCAGAGAAGUCACACAGGUGAGAGGCCAUUUCCAUGCUAUGAGUGUGGAAAAUGUUUUACACAGAAAUCACAUCUUGUUACACAUCAGAGAAGCCACACAGAUGAGAGGCUAUUUCCUUGCUCUGAUUGUGGGAAAUAUUUUACACAGAAAUCAGAUCUUGUUAGACAUCAGAGAAAUCACACUGGUGAGAAGCCAUUUCCAUGCUCUGAUUGUGGGAAAUGUUUUACACGCAAAUCACAUCUUGUUACACAUCAGAGAAGUCACACAGGUGAGAGGCCAUUUCCAUGCUCUGAUUGUGGGAAAUGUUUUACACACCAAUCACAUCUUGUUAAACAUCAGAGAAGUCACAAAGGUGAGAGGCCAUUUCCGUGUUCUGAGUGUGGGAAAUAUUUUACACUGAAAUCAGAUCUUGUUAGACAUCAGAGAAGUCACACAGGUGAGAAACCAUUUUCAUGCUCUGAGUGUGGAAGAUGUUUUACACAGAAAUCAUAUCUUAUUAGACAUCAGAGAAAUCACACAGGUGAGAGACCAUAUCCAUGCUCUGAGUGUGGGAAAUAUUUUACACAAAAAUCACAUCUUGUUACACAUCAGAAAAGUCACACAGGUGAGAAACCAUUUUCAUGCUCUGAGUGUGGGAAAUGUUUUACACAAAAGUCACAUCUUGUUACACAUCAAAGAAGUCACACAGGGGAGAAACCAUUUCGAUGCUCUGAGUGUGGAAAUUGUUUUACAAAUAAAUCAGAUCUUGUUAAACAUCAGAGAAGUCACACAGGUGAGAAGCCAUUUCCAUGUUUUGAGUGUGAAAAAUGUUUUACACGUAAAUCACAUCUUGUUACGCAUCAGAUUUCACACAGGAGAAACAUUACUAUGAGUUGAUACAAAACAGGGUUGAAGCAACACUCCUGUCACACACUAUUUUAACACUUUAUGUUAUCCUUCCACAGAUAAUUGGAAUGUGUGUCAUUAAUAUAAGAUGACUAGAUCACUCCGGUGAAACUUUUAGUAAUUUCUCCUAUAUAUUUUUAUAUGUAUUAUUUCCCAUAUAUUCUAUUUAGUGUAGAUGUUGCCAGCACUCACCACAGUAAUACCAGACCACAUAGCUGUUAUGUAUGGGCUAUAUUUUAUAGGUUUCAGUCACACACAUAAAAUAUAAAACACAUUAUCAUUUUGUUAAAACAUUUUAUUAUGGAAACUUAUGGGUAGAAUCCAGCAAUUGCUGUUCUGGAAUGGUGGAGUAAUGGUGAAGCACGAACUAGAAAGUAUUAACUGGUGGUUAGAAAAAAAAUUAAACUAUUUGCUUGUUUUUCACUUUCUUG